CACGUCCUAGUCGCAGACGAUAGCCUACUUUUUAGUGGGGCAAAUGAGGCGGAAUGCCCUCAGAUUUCUGAGGUCCUCCAUUCUUAUGAGUGUGCCUCGGAGCAACAAGUCAACAUUCUUAAAAGCGAAGUUUGCUUUAGUCGCAACAUUAAGCGACCGGAGCAACUAAAACUUGCCAGUUUGUCGGGAGUCCAGAUGAUGGAUCGCCAUGAAAUGUAUUUGGGUAUAUGCCGACACUAGUAGGUCGAAACAUAUUAAGGAACGCCUUUGGAAGAAACUUUAAAGUCGCAAGAGGAAGAUUCUGAUUGCCGCUGGAAAAGAGCUCCUUGUUACGGCAGUUGCUCUAGCCAUUCCGACGUACACUAUGAAUUGUUUCCUCUUGCCAAAAUGUUUUUGCGACAAUUUAAAUCGGUUAAUUGCCUUCUUUUGGUGGAAUGGCUGUGAAGGGGAGAGAAGAAUACACUGACUUUCUCGGGACAAGUUGUGUUCACCGAAAAUCGAAGGGACCUUGGACAUUAGGAACACAUACGCCUCCAAUCUCAGUUUGUUAGCCAAGCGAGGUUGGAGAAUGAUGUUGGAUCCCCUUGCCUUCAUUUUUUCGGAUCGUCUCACCCAAACCAAGGGAUUGCCCUCUACAGUCCUUCAAUGAACUGAUCGAUCCAAUCACAAGGCAAUGGAAGUACAUCCGAUUCGCCCUGGGGACCAUUUAAUUUGGCACUACGACAAGCGGGGUUUGUUUACGGUUAAGAGUGCAUAUCACAUUGCAAGGGACUGGGUGCAGCAGAGGAACGCUGGCGCUUCCUCUUCCUUGGGCCAAACCUGGCAUCCUGUUUUUGGGUUAAGAUUUGGAGGGCAAAUGUUCCACCCAAGGUGAGGAUAUGUGUCCGGAGGCUAUGUAAAAAUAUCGUCCGCCAAGCGCCAUAUCACGACAGAUCCGCCGUGCCUGAUGUGUAACUAUCAUUCCUCUGCCAUUAUGUUCACCUCCCGCCAAUGCUUCUGCAAAAUUGGAUAAUUGAUUAUGGUUUCCUGCUAUUUCCGGUUUCCGAGACAGAGAGCCCGAGGAAUAGACAAUAAACCUAGAGGUUGUGGUGGCUGACGGCGGAGAGAGGAGGGAAGCUGGAAGUUGCGGGCGGCGGCGAUGUUAAACCAGAGGAGGGCGGGAAAUGGGGACCGAAGGGGUUCUAACCAGGUUUUAAUAUCGGCUGCGAGAAAGUCCACUAUAUUACCAUACACAAGCAACUGAUAUCACGCCGCGUGUUUUUGCGCUUUGUCUUUUUUUUUGUGUGUGGAAAUUAGGUUGUACUGGAAAUAUUCAGAACAAAGAAAAGCGCAGUAAAACAAAUAAACGCAGAAAAAGAAAGGAGAAAACUUGAAAUCUGGAAACGAUGGAUUCGCGCAGCAACAAAGAAGCAGUUCAAGCAACAAACGACGACGCUUCGGCCAGCAAACUAGAGGAAAAUUCAAUUUUGCGUGAACUAUGAAUGAGUGUGAAACUGUCGGUACUAGGUUGAAAUGCACAGUGCUAAUUUUGAACUGACUGUAUCGCUGCGUAAAGGUCGUGCGUGAAGAAAGGGUACAUGAAAGACGAUUAUGUCCAUUUGUUUGUGAGAAGACCUGUGAGAAGAUCUCCGAUUAUUAACCGCGGUUACUUUGCUCGUUGGGCUGCUCUGCGGAAGCUUUUGAAUCAGUUUCUUGAUACUGAAGGAAAUGCGGGUGAAAAGGGUCAUUUGAAGAAGCAGAUAUUAUCACUUGGAGCUGGCUUUGAUACAACAUAUUUUCAGCUGCAGGAUGAGGGGAAAGCACCAUAUUUGUAUGUUGAGCUGGAUUUUAAGGAGGUAACUAGUAAGAAGGCCACACUUAUUGAAAUGUGCAGUCAUUUGAGGGACAAAAUUAGUGCGACAGCAUCAAUCUCUCGAGAGAGUGGAGAAGUGCUCAGUGACCACUACAAGCUACUUCCUGUUGAUUUGCGUGACAUACCAAAAUUAGCCGAUGUUAUAACUUUAGCUGGUAUGGAUCCAAGCCUUCCAACUUUUAUAAUUGCAGAAUGCGUUUUGAUAUACUUGGAUCCAGAUUCAAGUCGUUCCAUAGUUAGAUGGACAUCAAAAACAUUUUCAACGGCGAUAUUUUUCUUAUAUGAGCAGAUUCAUCCAGAUGAUGCUUUUGGGCAGCAGAUGAUCAGAAACUUGGAGAGUCGAGGCUGUGCACUCUUGGGCAUACAUGAUACACCAACAUUACAGGCAAAGGAAAACCUUUUUGUUGAACAAGGAUGGCAGAGGGCUGUUGCCUGGGACAUGCUUAAAGUAUACAGUGAUUUUGUUGAAGCUCAAGAAAGACGCAGGAUUGAACGAUUGGAAUUGUUUGAUGAAUUUGAAGAAUGGCAUAUGAUGCAGGAGCACUACUGCGUGGCUUAUGCAAUCAAUGAUGCACUGGGUCUGUUUGGUGACUUCGGUUUUCUUAACCACCGCCGCCAGCAGCCGCAGCCACAAGUGCUGAACCCCUCCUCAUCAGCAUCACCAUGAAAACACGAGACUAGACCAUACCACCAUGCCGUUGCUGUUACCAAGUUUGCUUAAACAAUGCAUCAGACAAUCACAUCCGACUGCGCAUGCCGGCCCUUCUCCCCGGUGGAGGUCUGUAAGGUCCAACAAAGGGUCUCUCAAGGCUCUCGAAUCUCAACUAUCAGUUUCUCUCUCUUUACAAUUUCCAAAACGACGAUCAGCCGCGUGUGUAUUGUUUUGACUCAAAGAAAAUAGAUCCUUUUCUGUUCCUCUUUUUUUGGUCAAUUUUUUGUUCCUCUUUGUGCUAGCUGUUUGGCAAAGAAACUUGUGGGGUCCGCCGUAACACCUAAAAGUAUGGAAUCUGAUUGGCCGGUGGGGCAAAAGGCCCAUGUGAGGGGAAUAGGAUCCUAUCCAGAUCCUCUUUGUGAGAUACCGAAAAUCAUUUUAUCAUGUUCGUUUAUUCGUCA